AUGCUUGCAAGCUAUCAGCUCCACCCUCUCCUCCUGCCAGAGAUCCUCUUCCGUGUCAGUCUAGCCAUCCCUGCCUGGGAACCUAUCCUCAACGAAAACAACAACAACAGCGACGACAACCGAUUCUCAGACUCACCUCCACCCCUCUACCACUUCACACCCACCACCCUAAUCGCAUGCUCAAAAGUCUGUCGAACCUGGUAUUCAAUCUUCUACCCAGCCCUCUGGACCAUCUACGACGGACAUACCAUGUCCCCUCUCCGCUCCUCCCCCUCCGCAUGCUACUCUCCUGACGAGUCCUUACCAACCUCAACAACUGGAGCAACAGAAUCAAGGAGACGAACAUACUUUAUUCCAGACGAUACCAUCCUCGCCAACAGCGACCACAUCCAAACCCUCCUCAACGACCACCGCCGCCUCUUUGGUCGCCGCCACUACGAAUGCCCAAGACUCACGGACAUCACCAUUUAUGGAACCUCUCCCGGGUUGGUACACUUGGUCCGUUCGCAUGGUUCGCAGCUGAGACGGUUAAAGUGGGUGGGAAAUGUGCCGUAUUCGGGGAUGUUGGAAGAUUUGGACGUGGAGUGUCUUGAGACUUUGACGCGGGUUGAGGAAUUGGUUUUGGUGCACAACACCGUGGUUGGCGACAGCAGUAAAGGAGGAGGAGGAGGAGGAAGAGGAGGAGGAGGCGGUGUAGUUCUCGAACAGCUCGAAGACCUGGCGGUCGAUGCAGAAUGGGCUGAGAACAAAGCCCUGAUCUACUUCCUCAUUGGUCAACCCUCAACACCGACAGCUCCCUCAAACGACAACACCCUCACAAACUUCUGCCCUCGACUGAAAAGGCUAGGUUUGGGCGCUGGACUGUUGGAUGACCCUGAGAUGAUGGCUCGUCUGGAGAAGGUGUUGCCUCUGGCACACCCGGGUCUUGUCAGGGAUAUGUCCAUCAUCGAAAGUCGCCUUUGGGCCAGAUACCAUCAGACUUGUCCUCAAGCUGCAUAA